GGCAAGACGUACCACAAGCUUAGCGUUCGGCAAGGAGCGCCAUGGCGACACGCUGGUGCCUUCUGCUGGUGGCGUUCGCCGCGGUGGCCUCGGCGCUAGUGGGCAUCACCACUGCCCGCAGCCUGGGCGACGUGGUGGAGCUCGACGACAUGGUGGCGGCCGCCUCGCACCACGGCCACCACUGGGAGAAGGGCGGCGGCGACGAGCACCACUCCGGCCACCACUCGUCGCACGGCGGCAAGGGCGACAAGGGCUACAAGGGCCACCACGGCUACGAGAAGGGCGAGAAGGGCCACCACGACAAGGAGGGCCACAGCGGCCACUACUCUGACCACGGCGGCCACAAGAAGAGCCACCACGACGAGGGCGGCCACUACGGCGAGCACCACUACGGCGCCAAGGGCGAGAAGGGCCACAAGUACGGCGAGAAGGGCAGCUACAACAAGGGCCACAGCACCAAGGGACACCACGAGAUCCACAAGCUGGACGAGUACAAGAAGAACAAGGAGUUCUACGACGAGCACCACGACGAGGGCCACCACAGCAAGCACGGCGGCUACCACCACCACCACGAGGGCAAGAAGGGCGGCCACCACAAGGGCGGCCACCACAAGUCCGGCCACCACCACGGCGACCACGGCAAGAAGGGCCACCACGAGAAGGGCCACCACCACCACGACCACAAGGGCUGGAAGGGCGCCGGCGGCCACGAGUCGCACCACGGCCACCACUCGGACUACGGCAAGAAGGGCGGACACGACGAACACAAGCACUGGGGCUUCAGCAGCGGCGGCGGCGGUGGCGGCGGCGGCGGCGGCCACGGCGGCCACGGUGGCGGCGGCGGCGGCGGCGGCCACGGACACCACUGGUGAUCGACCUCGAGGACAUCGUCCACACACCAAACCUGACAUGUUACAAAGUCUGUUCCUUUUGUUACGUUUUGUUUCUUUGUUAUCGUGAUGCUAUGUUUUUCUAGUUUGCAAUAAAUGGCCAAACGGAAUGGCUCUCCAUAACA